AUGGCAUCACCUCGCGCCACCUCCAUCGACUCGGUCGAAAACACUACCGACAAAAUCCUGACCUUGUGGCAACCUGUCAGCUUCGAUAUAGUGAUGACCAGAAAUGACGAUAUCGCCGCUGGACCCAUUCUAGUCAACAACCCCCCUCUGUGGCUCAUCGCCAUGCACGACCAGAUCGCCAGAGCUCACCAUCAGAUCCGCGAAAUUGCCCUUUCCGUAGGACAGGAGCAAGCCCAAGGACUCGCGACCCUCCGCACUCAGUAUGAAGACCUAAGGGACAACUACAACCUCGUCGCCACCAUGUUCAAAAGAGGCCUCGAGGCGUCUCAGAACCAGGUCGCCAAAUUCGAACAAGGAAUUCAACAGGCCAGCGACAGGUUCGCCUCGGAGGUCUGGACUGUCAUUGCCAAGUACGGAAAACAAGAUGCCGCCCGUCAGAAGGCCAUCGACCAACUCCGGGAAAUCUCACUUCGCCAUCAAAAGGCCCUCGAAACCCUCAAUGAAAGAACCGCUCGCCAGCAAUUCCCCCUGGGCCACGCCGAAAACCGGGCAACUACCCAUAAUCAACAGAUCAGUGACAUCUACGACAAACUCGUUCACCCCAGCCAACUCAAAGCCCUCGAAGAACAGAUCACGAACCUCCAGAGAACCAUCGAACAAGCAGGACAGAAGGCACCCGAUACUGCCUCCAUUCUGCGUCUCUUGGAACAACGGGCUGCCAUCAAAGCCCCCAGCACCACACAACACUCCUCCCUAUCAGAACCCUUCUUCGGCUUCCUUAAGGACAACGACCUCCAAGCAGCCCAAGCCAGACGACAAGCCAACCAAGCUCGUAUGCAACGAGAGGCUACGUAUGCUAACAACUACGGAACCGGCUCAGUACGGUUUGGACAGUCCGCGGGAAGGCAAGGCUCCCCGGGACCUCCCCGGCCGCCCCGAAACACUCUCGGGCCAGCAGGCAACGACGACGACGAUGCUCGAAACCAGGCCAAUAGUUUCCUGGCGAAUUGGGGUUACCCAACCAUCCAAACUACGCCUAUCCACCUCAACAAGCCUGCAACCUACGACGGCAAAAAACUCGAUGCUUUCCGACCCUGGUGGGCCCGUAUCAGCGCCUACCUCCACGCUUACGCUGCUAGCUUCCCCACCGACAGCCAUAAAAUCAACUGGCUGGGUUCAAUGCUCACGGACAAAGCCCAGAAAUGGCACGACUCACGGUCCCGUCAGAUCCGCUCUAUGGGAGUGGAAGACACCUGGAAAGGGUACUCUAGCGCUCUCCUUGAACGAUUCAAGGAUCCUUCGGAACGCCACCGUAAUGCGAAGAAGAUGGAAGAACUCCGGUACCACGGCGACACAGCAGAAUACCUCACAGAACUCCUUGACCUCAACGAAACUGUCGGAUGGGCAGGAACUACAUUCCAGAACCAGAUCGGUAGAACUCUCCCGUCCAAAAUCACGGAACUGAUGUUCUCUAUGAGAGGAGGAAUCCCCGAGACCGACGACGAAUUCAUCAGCGCUGUCAAAGAGGCCGGACGAGUCUACGAAAACAUGCUGCAGGCCCCAGGCUAUCAGUCGGGAAAAGACGCGCCCACUUCAAGAACGGAGCACUCAAAGUCAGGCCAACAAUCUCACAAGGAUACCCGCUCCCCUUCCAACCAAAGCCAAUCCUCAAGAGAGUCCGACAAACCAGCCAAAGACAAGAAAUGGGACACCGUCCGCGAAGCCUUGAAAAACAUCGAUCAGAGCGACAUCGAUCAGAGCGACAUCGACCAACGCAAAAAGGACCGCGUUUCUUGCUGGCGAUGCGGACGCAACAAUCACCACACCCUGGAGUGUUUCGCAAAGAAGGAUAACAACGGUAAAGAACUGUCCCAGCCAGCAGUUACGGCCGCCAUCUCCGCCAAACGGAAAAACAGCGACCGUGAAGAAGAAGGAGCUGAGGACCUCGCCAAUAGCGACGAGGCCCAGUUCAAGAAAGCGAAAACCAACGCAAUCACCAGAGCCAUGCAGACAAUGGAAGAAGAUAGCGACUCCGACUCGGAUUUUUGA